AGGGGGCAUUGUAACUGGGGUGCAUAAGUCCACUCUUUCUAAGCAUCUUUCAAAAGUUAUUGAUGGACUUUAUGAUAAUUGCAGAAAAUUUAUUUUUUUCCCCACAUCACCCAGAGGUUGGCGUGAUGUUAAGAGGGACUUUUUUCUUUUAGGUGGCAUACCCAAUGUCCUUGGGGCCAUUGACUGCACUCAUAUUGCCCUAAGACCCCCUGUGCGCAGGGAGAUAAUAUUUAGAAAUAGGAAACACUUCCACUCCUUAAAUGUGCAGAUUAUAUGUGAUGCAAACAUGCGCAUAUUAAAUGUUGUGGCAGGGUUCCCAGGAAGUAGCCAUGAUGCCUACAUCCUCAGGAAUUCUGGUGUGUGGAGAUUGUUUGAGACAAAUCAAAUGCCUGAAGGACAUCUCCUCGCAGAUUCUGCAUAUCCUCUUAAAAAAUGGAUUUGGACACCAUUGAAAGAGAACCAGGUUGUUGGGCCUGCUGAAUUAAGAUAUAAUGAAGCACAUAUCCGAACACGUGCUAUAAUAGAACGACUGUUUGGUGUUCUAAAAAUGCGCUUUCGCUGCCUGGACAGAUCAGGGGGGGAUCUCCAAUUCAGUCCGGAAAAAGCUAUUAAAAUCAUAGUGGCAUGUUGCUGUCUACACAACAUGGCACAGGAGCAUGGGAUGUUGAACGACUUACUUCCAACACCACAGCCCCCAGGUGAAAUCUUUGAGCCUGAUGUAAUUAAUCAUCCCCAACCCCUCAAUGCCCAUUUGGAGAGAUCUGCAACUAUUCAAGAAUUCUUUUCAGAUUGAAGAUUCUCAGAAAUGGAAUACCACUCCCCUCCCUCUCUCCUCAUCCCUAUAUUUACCACAUUUUCCCUAAAUAAAUGUAUACUUUACUCAAA